AUGGCAUCAGCCACCUCGUCGACCGCGCUCAGCCUGCAGAACAACAGGAUGUCGCCAUCGUCGACAGGCGACUCGCCCUUGUCCAUGGGAGGGACGAGCAGCUCGGGUCGCAUAUUCCCGUUACCUAAUCGGGACAACUUCACCGUUGAGAUUCCCUCACAGUCAGCGAUAGCCAACACCAACGGCUCGAGCCUGAAAUCACCCAGUUCAGCAAAGGCAGCACGGACGACGAAUUUUAGCAGAGAUGGCAUUUUGGGUUCUGCGCAAAAAGCUCGGAACUUGUCUCAGUCCUCUGAGGCACGGCCGGAACAAGUGAUCGUUGAACUUCAAAAGGUUUCCAGCGACGAGAACAUGAACCCUCUAAAGCGACGAAACACGGACGCCACAGUAGACUAUCCUCGUAGGAGAGCAACAAUAGCUUGUGAGGUCUGUCGGUCUCGCAAAUCACGAUGCGAUGGCACAAAGCCAAAGUGCAAACUCUGCACAGAGCUCGGCGCUGAGUGUAUAUAUAGAGAGCCUGGCAUCAAACUGGACGCUGGUGACAAACUCAUACUGGAACGGCUGAAUCGCAUCGAAAGUCUGCUCCAAAUGAGCCUCGUCAACAACCCCAACGGCAUGCAUAUUUCCGAGAACUCACCGCCCAUCAGCAACGGCACUGCUCUGAGCGCUGACAACCUUCUUGCUAAUGCCAAUGGAAACUUUGUCUCCAUCAUCCCUAGCGGUGGUCUUGGUACCUGGACGGCUCAACCACCGAGCAGCAUAUCUACCAUGCCAAAGGUGCACACGAACGCAGCGCUCCACCUCCUUCAAUGGCCGCUCAUACGGGAUCUUAUACAACGUCCCUAUGAUCCUCAGAUUCUGCUUCAACUAGAAAUGGCAAGAGAACCACUCCCUUCUCUGGCCAAGACGCCCUGUGUCGACCUCUCCAAUACUCAUGCGUAUAUCGAGGCUUACUUUGACCGCGUCAACGUGUGGUACGCUUGUGUAAACCCUUACACAUGGAGAAGUCAUUACAGAAGUGCUCUAUCCAAUGGAUUCAGAGAAGGACCCGAGAGCUGCAUUGUUCUCUUGGUACUUGCCCUCGGACAGGCUAGUCUGAGGGGCAGCAUAUCUCGCAUCGUUCCCCAGGAAGAUCCACCUGGCCUUCAGUAUUUCACAGCUGCUUGGUCUUUGCUACCGGGGAUGAUGACUUCAAACAGUGUCUUGGCAGCCCAGUGCCAUCUGCUUGCGGCUGCUUACCUUUUCUAUCUGGUGAGACCCCUCGAGGCGUGGAAUCUACUAUGCACGACAAGCAGCAAACUACAACUUCUUCUCAUGACGCCCACAAGGAUACCCGAGGACCAGAGAGAGCUUUCGGAGCGAAUCUACUGGAACGCGUUGCUAUUUGAAAGCGAUUUGCUAGCAGAACUCGACCUUCCACACUCGGGAGUCGUACAACUAGAAGAGCACGUCGGGCUGCCCGGUGGGUUUCAAGGCGAAGAGUCGGAAGCGGUAGGCCGGGAUGAUCUCUGGUACUUUUUGGCCGAAAUUGCAUUGCGACGACUCCUGAACCGCGUCAGUCAACUCAUUUACUCCAAGGACUCGAUGGCAUCGACAACAAGCCUGGAGCCGGUAGUGGCCGAGCUGGACUUUCAGCUGACUCAAUGGUACGAAAGCCUGCCCUCGGCCCUGCAAUUUCCCUUUACGCGAGCGCCGCUGGCAGAUCCGGUGCAAACUGUCCUGCGUCUCCGAUUUUUUGCCUGCCGUACCAUCAUCUACAGGCCCUACAUCUUGGCGGUGUUGGACAAUGAGCAGGCCGUUUUGGACCCCGCGGUUCGGGACAACUGCCACAAGUGUCUAGAAGCCUCAAUUCGGCAAUUGGAGCAUAUUGGAGCACAUGUUGCCGGACAUAUGCCUUACUUGUGGCAAGGGGCUCUGUCCAUCGUCUCACAAACCCUCCUUGUAAUGGGUGCCACCAUGUCGCCUUCGCUAUCAAGUAUCCUCUUAACGCUGGUGCCGCAUCGUGAGGUCAUUGACCAGAUCAUCAACGACGUGAUUAUGGAUAUUGAGCGAAUGUCCGUGCUUGCACCGAGCUUGAGUCUUGCUGCCGAGAUCAUCAAGGAGGCCGAGGUCCGACGGCGAACAUUCCUCAACGGCUGA